AGAGGUGGAGGAGUUGUUGGCAAAGUGUCGGGUGUCUUAGCGCUCAGCGGGUUCGCGCCGCGGCUGCCUGAGCAGGCAAAGCGCGACUGUGAGACCUCGCCAGCCUUGCUGACCCGGCUGAAGCCGAAUCCCGGCCCGAAGCCUAGCCUGAGGGGUGUGGUACCCGGCUCUCCGACUCUUUCCUAGGUUCCUGGUGGAGGUCCCGGGAGUCCCGUGUCUCUUCCCUGAAGUGAGGCCCGGUCCGGCUUCCCAGUAUCCCCGUAGACCCCAGCCAUGGGCAACACGAGCAGCGAGCGUGCAGCGCUGGACCGGCAGGGCGGCCACAAGACGCCCCGAAGAGACAGCUCAGGGGGCUCCAAAGAUGGGGACAGGCCCAAGAUCCUGAUGGACAGCCCCGAGGACGCCGACCUCUUCCACUCCGAGGAAAUCAAGGCUCCAGAGAAGGAGGAGUUCCUGGCCUGGCAGCAUGAUCUGGAGGUGAACGGUAAAGCUCCUGCCCAGGCUCGGCCAACUGUAUUUCGAUGGACAGGGGGCGGGAAGGAAGUUUACUUAUCUGGGUCCUUCAACAACUGGAGUAAACUGCCCCUCACAAGAAGCCACAAUAACUUUGUAGCCAUCCUGGAUCUGCCCGAAGGAGAGCAUCAGUACAAGUUCUUUGUGGACGGGCAGUGGACACACGACCCUUCCGAGCCAAUAGUAACCAGCCAGCUUGGCACAGUUAACAACAUCAUUCAAGUGAAGAAAACUGACUUUGAAGUAUUUGAUGCUUUAAUGGUGGAUUCCCAGAAGUGCUCCGAUGUGUCUGCAGAGCUCUCCAGUUCCCCACCAGGACCCUACCACCAGGAGCCGUACGUCUCGAAACCAGAGGAACGGUUCAAAGCCCCACCCAUCCUCCCUCCUCACCUGCUCCAGGUCAUCCUGAACAAGGACACAGGGAUUUCUUGUGAUCCAGCUCUGCUCCCUGAGCCCAACCACGUCAUGCUGAACCACCUUUAUGCGCUUUCCAUCAAGGAUGGAGUGAUGGUGCUCAGCGCGACCCACCGGUACAAGAAGAAAUACGUCACCACCUUGUUAUACAAGCCCAUAUGAAGAGCUGGGAGCCGGCAGUGGGCCCCAGGGAACAGUUUGCACCACCAGGCUCCACGUGUGCAUGCUUCCCACUUGAAGGAAUGGACUGCAAACUUGUCGUUUCACACUCUUUGUAAGACAUUUCAUACCUAUCCUAGUCCGACUCGGAAGUUUGUUUGAGCAGCAGCUCCUGAAGCGCCUCGGUCUGUAACAGUCCUCGUGACACCCAGUGGCCGUGAGCCCUGGGACUCGUCGAGGCCGAGAACGGAGGCCGGGGGAGGCCAACUGUCUGCGGCCCCACCCCGCAGUGCUGAGGAUGGCCGCAGUUCUCGGCGUGUAUCCUCUGAAUCAUGGAGAUUUUUCUUAAGCCAAAAAUGAACACCAGCUACUUCGUUAGUGAAAAUCUGGGAAGCAGGAACCGAGGCUGCACAGAAUUUCUCAUCGGGGGUGUGUGUGUGUGUAAUGACUUGUCUCUGCUGAGGCCUGGCUGUGGACCAGGAGGAUGGCGUUGGUCCUGCCUGUCCUCUGAAAUCAAAGCAAUACAAUGUCUUCCAUUCUCUGCUCCAGGGAGGCAGAAUUUCUAUAGAAAUUAGAACCUGUCUGAUUUCCAGAUAAAGUUUUAAUGAUUGUUUCUUACACUUCUGUGCACUAAGUUUUAUUUUGUUUUGUUUUUAAACCAGAGGUGGCUGGCCAGACAGCCUUAGGGCAAUUUUAAAAUCACCCCCGAGUGGACCUAGAUCAUGUGACCUAUUCUCAGCAAUAAUCUGUUCUCGGAACAGACUUUGAAAACUGCGGCCGGAUUUCUCCAUUAACCAGGAUGGACCUGAGGACUGACCACUGUUAGCCGGGAGGCUGUCUGGCUUGUUGUUUGAAUCAUAAUGAGGUGACAGUGUUACGGAGAAAACCGUAGAGGCGCCUGCCUUAGCCUGUGCCGCCUUUCUCAGGAUCCCUGUCCCUGCUCAGCAGAGAAGGCUGUAGCCAUUGCUGUUGCUUAUUCUGGAAGGAAAUUAGAACUUGCAGCAGCCUUCUGAAUUUGUGUCAGGAAGACAUCCUUUGGACCAAAGCAAAUCUCUGCACAUGGCUUGGUUUCCAGGGAGAUGCCAGAGACAGGCCAUUAGCGAGGUUCCUGUCCCCGAGUCGGCAGAAGCCAUCAUUACGCCCUGUGUUCCUGCUGGGCGACCGAGGAACAAGCUCCCUGGUUUCCAGCAUUUGGUAAACCUGAAUCUGGGACACUCUUUUUUGUUACUGUUUCCAAAAUACUGAAUUAGUGUCACCUUGACGUACAGGUUUCAAUAAAGCUUUUUAAAGAUAAUGGA